AUGCUCGCUCCGGGCUCUGGGAAUGUGAGUCUCAGAACUGUCAGUUCUAGUAGACCACAAUUAAUGCACACCCAGUCUCAACAGUCGAUCGCCGCCUCCGACGACUACUACUCCUUCUCAAGCCCUUCUUCAAGUGCAAGAUCCCGAGCAAGCGGCAGUCGACUCACCGUGGCGCGGUAUGCGACACCAAACUCUCAUCCUCCGUCUCGAACACCGUCUCCUAGCAUCUCUCGAACGAAUCUAGCCCCGCAGCCCGCUGGUGCACGAUCGGAGCAUUCUUUGAACGUCCCGAGCGAGAACAGGAAUUUUGUUACACCCCCUUCUCAGACCAUACGUGCAGUCGAAGAGGAAGACCCCGAGCCCAGCCCCAUGUCAGAUACCACGAGUCGCCGGGAGCCCAGUGACAGCUAUGCGGGGCGGCCGCCUACUCCUGGGGUGGAUGACUCGCCAUACAUUCAUUUCGCCAUCAGUCAACUUACGCGUGACGAGGAAGUUGCUGGGCCCAGACGGCGAAGUUCGCUCGCUAGCAAUGACAGUCCUCUCGAGCCACUGCUCUGGGACGAAGGAUUGGGCUGCUUCAUUCGCUCGCCUGGCCAACCGGCGACACCACCAGCACGGCCACCGCAACAAUCAUCCGACUCUAUUGGGAGGGUACCUCAAAGCUCGGUAGAUCCAGAAUCGUUUGUCGCCGUUGAACCCCCGCAUGACAGUCUAUUGUACCCGCCAUUGGACUAUGUGCCUACAGCCUUGCGGUCAUGGGCACUGGCUGCCAUAAUCAUCUGUUGCCUGCUAAUGAUUGCUGGAAUAAGCUUCUGCAAUGUAUGGUCGCGGCGGCAUGAUGGUCUCUGGGACUAUACUGGACUAGGCGGCUCGCAUUACUUUGUGAUGCAAUUCCUCCCCCAAAUUUUGGGGAUGGUCAUCACUAUCUGGACGUUUGUGAUCCAAGCGGCAGUGUAUAGAAUCAUGCCGUUUGCCAUCAUGGCUUCAGAGCGGCCGCUUGGUCAUGUCCUCCAGAGCCUGCCUAUCUUAUCACGGAACUUCCUGAUACCGGACUUCUCCUACUUCCGGCAUGGCGAGGGAAUAGUUGGUUUCACUUUGUUCACCAUGUGGCUGUCAAAUUUGAUCACUCUACCACUGUUGAGUUGCCUCUUCCAGGCUAAGUGGUACUUGAUCGAUGGACAGGGGACGUGGCGGUGGGCCUCAGUUUCGGCGGUUGGCUGGACCCUCGUGGCCAUUUAUGCGUUGUUGACCAUUGGCCUGCUCCUGCUCAUGUUUCGUUUUGUACGCACAUGGUCGGGAUUGAUGUGGGACCCUGUGAGUUUGGCCGAUCUGAUUUCAAUUAUCCAACGAUCGAACAUUUUGCACGACUUCGAACAAUCGGAGACGCUACCUGAUGUAGGCGAAUCACUCGACCCACGAUUCCUACGAUUGGGUUACUGGAAACUAUCAAACCGUGCGGAUAUAUUCUACGGAAUCGGCGAGGUAGAUGCACCAGUUCGGACACCUUCAUUGCACCGCAAGGAGAAGAAUCUUCAAAUGCAGUCGCACGGCCUGUCAAGGGUAUCAUUCGACGUUGAGCAGCAUGGACUGGCAGAGAAGGAAGAGUACUACCAGCAUCUGUAUUCGCCAGCUAUUCGCUAUCGCUGGAUCCCAUGGUUCCUUCGCGAUGGCUUCGUCGUUCUCUGGACGAUGAUUAUUUGCGUUUUGUUUAUUGCAUUCGUGUUGGUCAGCUUCAUCCACAAUGCGGUCAAAGACGGAUUCCCUCCACGUUUGCCAACCCUGCCGUCUACUGGUGCAUUUUCCUCUUCCAACUUCUGCUACAGUUUUGUUCCGGCCUUCAUUGGAAAUGUCCUCUUCUUGGCAUGGCAGCCAAUCGAUGUCUAUUUCCGUGCGCUGCAGCCGUUUGCUGCUCUAGCUUCUCCGACCGGUGCUCGAGCAGAGCAUAGUCUCUUAUUGUCUUACACCUCCUGCUUUCCCUUUCAGGUGACACUCGCCGCAAUUCUGAACAAGCACUAUAAGGUGGCCUGGAUUUCAUUCGUGAGCACGAUGUCCGCGGCAAUCCCUAUCCUGGCCGGUGGGAUGUUUAUCGCCCUGUACCACCCGUCUGAUGGGACGAUCUUGAUCUCUGCUCUGAUGCCUGCGUUCUAUGCCAUCGUGGCAUUCUGUGCACUCUACAUGGUGUCUUUCCUGUGCAUAUGGCCCCGCCGCUGCCGCCGCUUGCCACAUGACAUUAGCACUCUGGCCGAUCAGAUGAGCUUUUUGUACCAAAGCCCAUUGCUAGCAGACAAGAUCCUGCGCGAGCCUAGGAGCAAGGCGGAUCUGGUCACCCGACUGGUCGUUGCCCCUCCUGGCGACCGAGAACAUUCCAUGUACGGCUUUGGAAUCUAUGUGGGUCGGGAUGGCAAGGAACAUCUCGGAAUCGAUCGUUUCGACCGUCCUGGUCGGGCCGAUAUGUUAAUCACAACCGGCUAUUCGCGAUAG